AUGGCCUACGACCGCUAUGUUGCAAUAUGUCACCCCCUUUUAUAUGUUUCUCGUAUGAGUCAAAAACACUGUAUUUACUUAUUAUCUGUAGCUUGGGCUGUUGGUUUUUUGGACCCUACAUCAUAUUUUUUCCUUAUAUCUAAAUUUUCAUUUUGCUCUUCCGUCAGUAUUGACCAUUUUUUCUGUGAUUUUGAAACACUUCUGAAGCUUUCUUGUAGCAAUACCUUCUAUGUUGAGAUUUUAAACUACUUAGAAGGUGCACUUGUUACAUUGAACACUUUCAUUCUCACUGUGGCUUCAUAUAUUUUUAUCAUCUUGGCUAUUCUGAAUAUUAAAUCUGCAGAGGGGCGGCAUAAGGCCUUCUCCACCUGCACCUCCCACCUUACUUGUGUUAUUAUAUUUUAUUUCACAAUUAUUUCUUUGUAUAUCAGGCCAAUAUCAACAUAUUCUCCCAAGCAGGGCAAAUUUUUUGCUCUUUUUUAUAUUAUAGUAAUACCCUUGCUAAAUCCUUAUAUUUAUACCCUGAAGAACAAUGAAUUUCAUGUGUCAUUAAGAAAACUGAAAAGAAGCAGAUUUUUUUAUUUUACUUCUCUGAUAAUUUGA